AUGAAUUAUGAGACAAAUAGACUUAAUACAUUUACCGAUUGGCCUUCAUCAGCACCCGUAGAUCCUAUACGAAUUGCUAAAGCAGGGUUUUUCUAUACGGGCGAAGGUACAGAAGUGAAGUGCUUUUGUUGUAGUAGUAAGAUAUCCCAGUGGAAUUAUGGAGACCAGGUGAUGUGGAGGCAUCGUCAAUUGCAACCAACUUGCGUAUUCGUGACGCAUCCUGAACUCUCAGGGAAUGUGCCCUUAGUCCUAGGGCCAGAAUGUCCUCCAUCACUCACGCGUACACCAUCAGUGCCUUCUGAUGAUGUGCAAAAUGAUCAUACUUACACUGCACCUGAUUAUGGACUAACAGAAGAAGACGAAACUUAUAAGAAUGAUGCUUUACGACUUCUAUCUUUUAUUAAUUGGGAUGAUUCGUCAGUUUCCCGCCAAUCGCUCGUCAAUGCUGGCUUCUAUCACGCCGGCGAGGGUCGUCUCCGUUGUGCCUGGUGUGGAGGAGAGUUGUCCCGUUACAACCACUUUACCUCCGCCACACCUCUGGAAGUGCACCGAAUGUAUUUCUCUCGGUGUCAGCAUGCAGCGAGCUUGGAAGCAGCUCAGCAGGCACAGGCGGGCAACAUAUCCAGCACGUCAUCACCGGCACUCUCACCGUCACCACCAAACGACACCCCGCGCGUCGAGUCACCACCGGCUAACUUGAACAAUCUACCGCAAUCGUCAGGUGCAGCUCACAACGAGCGUGUACUAAGCCAGGGUGGUACAUGGCGUAACCUGGGCGUGGUGGGCGGUGGAGCUCGCCACCCGCAGUACGCGUCGCUGGCGGCGCGCCUCGCGAGCUUCGAGCGAUGGCCCGCGGACAGGCAACAAGCGCCGCGGACACUCGCUGAGGCUGGCUUCUUCCACACGGGUACUGAUGAUCAGGUGCGCUGUUUCUACUGCGACGGUGGUCUAGGCAAGUGGGAGGCAGGUGACACUCCGUGGUCGGAGCAUGCGCACUGGUUCCCUCACUGCGGAUACGUACUACUCGUAAAAGGACAGGAAUUUGUCGACACCUGCCGUAACCGCUCGUCUGUACAGAGAACUGUUAGCUUUUCUGAAGCUGGUCGCAAUGCGAGACGACGAAACGGUGAAAACUUUCCUAUCACAGAAAGUCAGGUAGAAGAAUGUAUGGAAAGUACAAUGGCGGCGGCGGCGUUGGGAGCUGGCUUAGACGCGGCGCGCGUGCGACGAGCGAUAACGAAUAGAUUACGAACUGUUGGAACACCUUUCACAUCAUCAGAGGCGUUGAUAGACGCAGUCCUAGACGACCAGCUCAAUGAGGAGCCGUGGUCUAUGACGCCACAGAGUCGACUCGCUAGGGACAUACUCUCUGAAACCUUCAGAGAAUUUGCACCAAGAUCUGGGAUUCCAUCUCAACACGUUGCCUUACUAACCCGUCCGUAUGGAAGCGAUCAAAGUAGCAGUCCAGCUCGGUCAAUGACCCCUGAUGACGAUGACGAUGAUGAUUCAGAAAAUGACGUUAUAAAUCGUGAUGUGCCUUACAGCACUAGCCACCAAGCCAGACGGUCACCUGCAAGGGACGUAGAUAAUAGUAAUACAGCAACUAAACCUAAAAAUGAAGUUAAAAUUGAUAAUGACAAUGCGCAAGAGUCGCCUGCGCAGGAGACGAAGAAAUUGUCGCUAGAAGAAGAGAAUAGACAGCUGAAAGAAGCUAGAUUAUGUAAAGUGUGCAUGGAUUGUGAGGUGAGCGUGGUGUUCCUGCCGUGCGGGCACCUGGUGUCGUGCGCGCGGUGCGGGGCGGCGCUGGGCGCCUGCCCGCUGUGUCGCGCGCCCGUGCGGGCACUCGUGCGGGCAUACCUCGCCUGA